AUGGAGGCGCUGGGGGUGCAAAGGCCACCUGGCACCCCUGCCUUAAGAGCUGCUGCACAGCCGUGGAAACAGGGGGAAGCAAUUAAAGGAGGGAAGUCCUAUGUAGAAAAAUGGAGACGCGUGAAUUAUCCGCUGCCAACACGCUCCUCUCUGAUUAUCGCUGGGGCCGAGCGGCAGGCGGCCCUUCACAGGCACCGGCGGGGCGGACGCAGGGUUCAAACACCGCGCUCCUGCCCUGGGGAAAAAAAUUUAAAACUAAAAAUAAUAAUAAUAAUUUUAAAAAGAAAGAAAGAAACAAUAUCCCGUGAGACUCGGGGAAUUAAUUCAUUACAGCCCGCAUGUAGGGGCUGGCGGGGGGACGGCAGGGAAGCCCCGCAGGCCGUAGGGGAGCGGGGCGAGGGGAGCGGGCCCGGGGCAGCGGAGCCGGGGGGAGCGGAGCGGGCCGGGGGAGCGGAGCGGGCCCGGGGGAGCGGAGCGGGCCCGGGGGAGCGGAGCGGGCCGGGGGGAGCGGAGCGGGCCCGGGGGAGCGGAGCGGGCGGCUGGGUGCCGAGCGGGGGCAGCGGGCCCGGGCCGGCCCGGGCGCGGUGCUCGAGCAGCCCCUGGCGGAGCCGCGGAGGCGCUGCCGCCGCUCCGCCCGCGGCAGGGGCAGCCCCGGCACCGCCCGCAGCCGCCCGCCGGGCCCUGCUCCCCCGCACGGGUACCGCUCCCUUCGCCGUGUGCCUCCGCACCGCCCGUCCCCUUCUGGCACCCGGAGAGGGAAAAACCAGUGGGGAAUGCUCAGAAAUGUCUAUUCGCCUCGUUAAAAUGCCGUUAUCUUCAGACAGGUGAUUUACCAGACAAGCUGGCAGUUCUACAAAAAUUUCCUCUCAAAAGCUUCCUCCGCUCGCGGCCCUUGCUGGGUUUAAAAGGACACGUAUGGUAUUAGGCGUCGCCAGGCAGAGCUGUGCGAGUGCAGACCCAUCCAUGGGUGAGGACAGCACCAGCAGCUGGUGUGCUGCCCCUGAGCUGUGGGAGCUGCUGCAGGAACUGGAAGGGAGAGAUGAAGCACAUCUGCCUGAAUCACAAACUCUACUAUGCAUGACUCAUUCUUGCACCUAGAAAAGGAAUUGCUUUCACUCAGGUGGCACCAGCAGCUGAGUUUUACAACCAUUUUUUCCAGCUUUGUUUGCUUCCUCCCAUAUGAAAAAGUGGGGCCCUGCGUUUUUCAGACUAUUCUUGAAAGUUGCCUUGUUCACUGUGCCUGCAUAGUACUUAAAACAGACCCCAUCAUACACUACCAGUUUUUCAAAAAUAAGUGGGCAAAAUCAAUAUCUUAAAAAAAAAUCUCAAAUCAAAAUCUCAAAAAGGAAAAAAAGAAAAAAAAUGGAAAGAAAAAAAUAAAAAGACCUUUAAGAGCCCCAUCUGAAGUUACAAAUAUCUCCAGGGUCAUUCAAGCACAUAAAAGCAGGUAAACUAGCCCACAGCAUUAUUUUCAAGUAUUAUCCAACUAGAACAAAUGCAAAUUAUUAAAUUUAAUCUAAAGAGACUGCAAAUAGAUUCUGGACUAGAGAGUCCACAGAACCCUAAGUGUUUAAGAACCACAACAUGGGUGUCUACCACUGAAUUUUUGAGCAAUACAUUUUGAUCAACUCUUCUUUCUUCCCAUUUCACACCACCACCACCACCCCCCUCCACCACCACUUCCUCUCCUAUUUUAUAUUCAAUUGUCUGAAUUCUCAGACAAUUCAGAUUGGAAGGGAGUAUG